AUGGCGGAUCCAUACAACCCGUAUACUUCAUACUCGACGCCCACGCCGGGCGGGGUCAGCUACUACCCUCCGGAGGAGCAGAGUCCAUAUCACCAGCAGCCCGGCCACCCGUACCAGCAGCCGUACGGCACUGCAGAGCCACAGCCCGACCCGAACUACACCUAUGCCGCGCAGCCGAGCUCAGGUCCGGGGCCCUAUCACCUCGCACCGGAGCCCUACCAAGGCGGCCACCCAGAGCAGAGUCAUACGCCCGUGGGACAGCCAGAUUAUAUGAGUCCAGCCACGACCUCUGGAAUGCCCCCUGUCCAGGGUGGCAAAAUUCCAGAAAACCUGGGAUACUAUGGCCAUCCCGCCGACCAACCGCGAUACACUCCGUCCCUCAGUCCUCAUCCACCAUCUGUCCAUAUAUCUGAAGCAGACAACGCACAUUACCACCGUGGAGAUAAUCGUGCAUCGGAUGAAGACGCCGAUCCUGGGAGCGAACGUGGGAUAGGCAGUUCCCUUGCCGGCGGCGCCGCGGGAUACUACUUUGGACACAAGAAAAACCAUGGUCUCCUCGGUGCGAUUGGCGGUGCUAUCGUGAGCAACUUUCUGGAAGACAAGCUGAAGGAUCAUGGUCGGCAUUCGCAUGAGCACCGUCAGGAUCAUGGGCACCAUCACAUUCAUGGGCACCAUCAGAAUCAUGGAGAUGGGCAUCACCAUCACCAUCAUCACCAUCGGCAUAGUCAUUCCCGCAGCCACUCGCGUCACCGCGACGAGGAUGAUUUGUAG